AUGAGUGCCGCCGUGCCGCCGGCGAUGGACCCCGCGGCGGCGGGGGAGAUGGCGCGGGAGGCCGCCGCGUGGUGCGCGCUGCACGGCCUCGUCGUCGGGGACCGCGCCGACCCGAGAUCAGCAACAGUCCCUGGUGUUGGUUUGGUUCAUGCUCCAUUCUCCCUGCUCCCAGCACAUCUUCCAGAGUCAUUUUGGAGGCAGGCGUGCGACCUCGCUCCCAUUUUUAACGAGCUUGUGGACCGGGUUAGCAUGGAUGGGAAUUUCUUGCAGGAUGCUUUGUCCAAAACAAGGGAGGUUGAUGAUUUCACAUCUAGGCUCUUAGAAAUUCACAGGAAAAUGAUGGAAAUAAAUAAGGAAGAGAAUAUUCGCUUAGGGUUGCACCGAUCAGAUUAUAUGCUGGAUUCAGAAACAAGUUCUCUUCUUCAAAUAGAGCUCAACACCAUUUCAGCAUCAUUUCCUGGGCUUGGUUCCUUAGUUAGUGAUCUUCACAGGACCUUAAUUAAACAGCAUGGGACUUUAUUAGGUCUGGAGCACAAGAGGGUUCCUGCAAAUGCGGCUAACACUCAAUUUGCUGCAGCAUUGGCCCAAGCAUGGGCUGAGUUUAAUAUUGACAGUGCUGUAAUUAUGAUGAUUGUUCAGCCAGAAGAGAGAAAUAUGUAUGAUCAAUACUGGCUUUCAACACAUUUGCAAGACUCAUAUCCUUUUAUGUUCUGCCUUCAUGUGGAAGCUGAAGGCCAAGUUCUCCCAGAUGGAACUCUUCUUGUAGGUGGCCAGAAAGUUGCUGUUGUGUACUAUAGAGCUGGCUAUACACCAAAUGAUUAUCCCUCAGAAGCAGAAUGGAGUGCAAGACUUAUGAUGGAACAAUCAUCUGCUGUAAAGUGUCCUUCAAUAUCGUAUCAUUUAGUGGGAACCAAAAAGAUUCAACAAGAACUAGCAAAGCCUAGUGUGCUUGAAAGGUUCCUUGAGAGUAAGGAGGAAAUUGACAAGGUUCGCAAAUGUUUUGCUGGGCUAUGGAGUUUGGAUGAUGAAGAGAUUAUAAAAACUGCAGUGGAAAAACCUGAGUUGUUCGUGUUGAAGCCUCAACGUGAAGGCGGAGGAAACAACAUCUACGGUCUUGAUUUGAGGGAAACACUUGUCAGACUCCAGAAGGAAGGAGGGGAUGCACUUGCUGCCUACAUACUGAUGCAAAGAAUCUUUCCAAAAGCUUCUCUUGCUUAUCUGGUUCGUGGUGGUGUUUGCCACGAGGGUCUUGCAAUUUCUGAGCUUGGAAUAUAUGGAGCUUAUCUGCGGUACAAAGAUAAAGUGGUCAUCAAUGAACAAUGUGGUUACUUGAUGCGAACGAAAGUUUCUUCAUCAGAUGAAGGUGGAGUAGCUGCAGGGUUUGCUGUUUUGGAUAGCUUAUACCUGACUGGCAAGGUCAAAACAAAUGAGAUUUCAGAAAGGCUGUUUCACCCAAAUUACAUUCUGUGUUUUGUUAACCAGAUGCUUAAUAUGUAUUUUACUCGAACUGUCUUCCUGACAUGUAAUCAGCAAAAGAGUUUUCCUGUUAGGAAUUAG